UUCAAGUUGUAGUUGCAGUUGCCGCAUCAAGAGUAUUAUGCUCCAACGUAGGAAUGCUGCCUUUGUACGGUGGAGCACACAGGGUGCUGACCCUCAUCUUGAACUUUUCCAUCGAGCUGAGCAGAACGUCGAACUUGAAGUCGUCGAGACACCACUGCCACUCUCCCUCAGCACGGUGAGGAUUCCUUCGGUCAAUCCUCCCUCGGAUUCUUACAGUGUCUACUCAGCGCCGGGCCAGUGGAGGAUCUUCUCCGCUCUCACAUUAUACGGAGUUUCGCCUGGUGGAUAGAACCUCAGGCAGGCAAUCCCUUGCGGGCCUCAGGCUCAGCAUCACGAAAUGAUGGCUGGUACUGAACUAUUUUCUCCAAGCACAGAAGUUAUGCCGCCUAUUGCUCCGGCGCUGGCAUUGGACCAACCAUGCAUUGCCACAACUAGAGUUCUGGGGCAUGUAACUCUACAACGAUACUGUGUAUACGGUUACCUUUGCCAUUGUGUUCUCUCUGCCUCUCACGAUUCUCAUCCCCAACAGGUGGCCCACCUCUGUCUCAGACACUUCCAGGCAUGUGGACUCCACGGCCUCCCAAGUGUGUUCGGCACAGCCUUGCCUUUUCUUAGCAAGACACAGCUUACGGUAUCCAUCAGCUAACAACAAACACAUCCCGUUCUGACGUCAAGUUAAGCUGCGGUCUUCGCUUUUGUGGGCCAUACGCGUGGUUGUGGAGAAGGCUGGCCGCGCUUUGCCCGUGACAUUCGGCGGACAAGAACGUGUAUGCUCCAGUAUCCCUGAGACAUGCAUGCAUACCGCAGCCUCGGAACCAUGCCUGCUCUGCAACUAGAACCGACCGGCUCAGCAUCACGUACAGCAGCUCGUCUUCGGCUCCCACGGCAGCGAAGGGAAGAAUAUCCAGCGACGGGAUGGUUGAAUGACCAGGGUUGGCCAAGAGUCCCCUCGCCAUUGGCACGUAAGUACCCAAUGUCUUCCCUCCAACUCUUUCUUCUUGUCAGACUGGGUUAGUUAGCCCGGCAAUGACUCGCAAUCGUUUCUAUUUACAUGCCAGGCCUCCCUGCUGCGUCGCCUUCCCGGUCGAUGGCGAGCAAGGAUGAUCAUCCUCGUCAUGCAGCUGGUUCCUGAGCCUCAACUCUCAGUCGAUACUUGCAACUCCACAGGACAAGGAAGUCUUCAUGGCCGUUCUCCACCGAAAGGAUCGGCAAGCAAGAACUGCGGCGAGGUUGGUGGUAAUGAUGCCGACCUCUGCAAUGCCUUUCUUUCGAUCGAUAGACGGGAAUAGAGCAUCGAGAAGUCAGAAAGGUAUAAAAGACGGCUUCCUUUGCAGCCUUUAGCCCCAGUUCUUCUCUCAUCAAGCAGACGCCCCCAUCCCCCUCUUCACUCGCUGUUUUCUAUUGUCCUGGGUUUUCUUUCUCUUUUCAAUCACAUUCGUUAGACCUCGCCUAAUAUGGCAGGCAAAUCGAUCGUUCUGUUUUCUCUCCUGGCCCCCGCUCUUGGUGCUGUCCUCCCCAGAGGGCAAGACCAAGGCGCCGGUCAGUCCUCUGCUCUAACUCAGUCGACACCAGAGGCUCAGACAACGGCUGGCACUGGUCAAGAAUGGGGUGACUGGGGAAGUUCUGCUACCACCCAACCUCAACAAACGACCCCGACAACCCAGCAGCAGCAGACUACCAAGACUACUGAAGUAAUUCCGUCUUCCUCGCAGCCAGCAGUAGUCUCUUCGACCUGGGGCGACUGGACUCAGUCAUCGACCCAACCUGCACAAACCCCGUCUACCCAGACAACCACUCAGCCAGCAACAGUUUCAUCCAACUGGGCUGACUGGACUGGAUCCUCGUCCACGCCUGCUGAGCAAACGACGCCCAGUGCACCGGCACAGAGCUCCACAACUCCUGUGGCUGUGUCGUCUAGCUGGGGUGACUGGACUCAAUCAUCCAAAGUCCCUGAUACUACUUCCAGCACAUGGGUUCAGACCACCACUCAGCCGGCUGGAACCUCGAGCAACUGGGGUGACUGGACUCAGUCAACUGUCCAGACCACUACAUUGAUCACUUCUACCAAACCUUCAACGACCGCAGCCACUACCCAAAGCACAGAAUCCCAAGGCUGGGGAGACUGGCAAUCAAGCAGCACCCAGCCUGUAACUCCCUCGACUGCUUCUACCACUGCCUCGGUCACAACUAAAUCUCAGGGAUGGAAUGACUGGCAAUCGUCAACCAGCACUCAGCCAACACUCCCGUCCACUACUACCACGACUGUUCCGGCUACUACGAAGUCUCAAGGCUGGGGCGACUGGGAAUCCUCCAGCACUCAAGCGACAACCCUGUCGACUACUACCACUACCCCAUCGGCCACGACUGUCUCAACCACAACUAAGUCUCAAGGUUGGGGCGACUGGGAGUCCUCUAGCACUCAGUCUACGAACCUGCCAACCACCACCACUACUGUUGCGGCUACCACGAAGUCUCAAGGCUGGGGAGACUGGGAGUCUUCUACCACUCAGUCGACAACCCCAUCCGCUACUUCUACUACUGCUUCGGCCACGACAGAGUCUCAAGGUUGGGGUGAUUGGCACUCUUCCAGCACCCAAUCAACAACCCUAUCGACCACUGCCACGACUGUUUCGACCACAACUAAGUCUCAGGGCUGGGGUGAUUGGGAAUCCUCGGGCACUCAAUCGACCACUCCGUCGACCACCGCCACAACUGUAUCGUCCACCACCAAGUCUCAGGGUUGGGGCGACUGGACUUCCUCCACUACCCAAGUGACAACUCCGUCAACUACUACCACGACCGUUUCCGCCACCACGAAGUCCCAGGGUUGGGGCGACUGGCAGUCUUCUAGCUCUCAACAGACAACCCCAUCAACCACUACCACACCCGCUGCUACCACGAAGUCUCAGGGUUGGGGUGACUGGCAGUCUUCUAGCUCUCAGACAACCCCAUCUACUACUACCACGCCCGCUGCUACCACCUCGAAGUCUCAAGGUUGGGGCGACUGGGAGACAAGCUCCACAUCUACCGUUGUGACCAGCUCCACCACAGUCCCUUCGGCUACCAAAUCUCAGGGAUGGAAUGAUUGGGAAUCGAGCUCUACAGUCUCUACCCCAGCCGAAAGUACCACUACCGCUCCAGCUCCUACCAAAUCUCAAGGCUGGAAUGACUGGCAGUCCAGCUCUGCGCCUACCCCAGAAACCAGCUCUGCUCCGGCACCAACUGCUUCUCAAUCCAAGGGUUGGAAUGACUGGCAAUCAAGCUCCGCACCUGCACCUGAGACCAGCUUUGCACCGGCUCCUUCUCAAUCUAAAGGCUGGAAUGACUGGCAAUCCAGCUCUGCGCCUGCACCAGAGAAGAGCACAGCACCAGCUCCAGCACCAUCUGCUUCCCAAGAAUGGAACGACUGGAAGCCAAGCUCUGCUGCUCCCGCCCCGACCACAGCACCGGCAACCACACCGGCCCCAGCACCAUCAACCGCGCCAGCUCCAGAACAAAGCAAGGGCGCCAGCUGGGGCGACUGGAAGGGCGAGUCAUCCUCAGCUCCAGCUCCUGCUCCUGCUCCGGCUGAGUCGAAGCAACCUGCCCCUGCUCCCUCUGCAUCUUCGGCUCCCGCCCCGGCUCCCCAACAGAGCCAGGGUGGAAGCUGGGGUGACUGGAAGCAGGUCCAGAGCCAAGGCGGAGAGUGCCAGCAAGCCACCACGACAGUGUACAUCACUGAGACCGUGACUGCCUCUGCCACCGCUACCACCACUUCCGGAGCUGCACACUCAACUGGAUCCUGGGCUUCGGGAAGCAAACUCUGGCCCAGUGCUAGCAGCAGCAAGGGCUGGAAUGACUGGAACUAAGACCGCAACAGAAUAAAUUGUGCGCCGUGCCACCAAGCACCAGCUCCGCCUCUCACGGAGGAAGAGUCAGCAACGUGCUGACGACGAGAAACGACAUGAUAUACAGUAUAUAAUCUGGAUCGGACCCUUUUUUUCUUGCUCUUUUUUUUUUUAUUUUGGCGGCAAAGAGUGAAGUGGGCGAAGCGUUCCCAGACGCGCGCCAUAGAAAGGAGGAAUUGGAGGCAGGCAUUUUCGGGUUCUGCCAAAGUGUCUGAAUUCCUUCCUGCUGCCAUUAAUGGAUUAAUGGAUCAACAAGAUGGAUGAGUGAGUAAGCGUGGUGGUCCUUUUCUACAGCCAGACGAUAUCUGUGCGACCUGAGUCCGGUCCAGAUUAGCCAUUCCUUUUAUAAUGUUUAUACCUUGAAAUUUAAAUUUUGAUAUCAUUAAAAUUUUACUUCAACUACGCAUAUACUUGGUAUCAGAUUGUUGCG